AUGUCACAACGACAGCAUUAUUACGAUGAUUCUUAUCCAAGUCAAACAGAUCCAUAUUAUGCUGACAAUGGCUAUAAUAAUGCAGAUUUUCACGGGUCUUCAUAUGCACCCGAAGGGUAUGAUCAUCAGGGAGCUUAUCAUCCUAUGGAAUACGGACAAGAGUAUUAUGAUGAAGGAUAUGAUAAUGGGCAGGUACCAUAUGAUGCACGUGCUUUUGAUAUGUAUUCACCAUCGGAUGAUGCAUAUUAUCGUCAAGAAAAUGCCUAUUAUGAUUAUCCUGCAGAUGCAUAUGCAACGGAUGUGUAUGAUCCAUAUGGAAUGCCAAUUGCUGAUCAACACCCUCUUCAAUAUUUUCAAGAUCAUGGGAAUUAUAUGUAUAAUCGUAAAGGGAAGCAUAGAGGAUCAUCUGAAGGUUCAGAAGCAUUUUCCGACUUUACAAUGCGUUCUGAUAUGGCUCGUGCGGCGGAAUUUGAUGCAUAUGGGCGGUUUGAUGAGCAGUAUAGAUCGUAUGCACCUAGUACAGAAUCUCUUAAUCAAAUGGCAUCUCGACGUGGAUAUUAUCCUGAUUCUUCACAAAUUUCAUAUACUGGAAACAGAUCUUCUGGAGCAAGCACUCCUGUUUAUGGCAUGGAAUAUAAUCAAGCUGCUAUGAUGACAUCAGCAAGGUCUCGUGAACCUUAUCCAGCAUGGACAGCAGAAAACCAAAUACCUAUCUCAAAAGAAGAAAUUGAGGAUAUUUUUAUUGAUCUUACUAACAAAUUUGGGUUCCAGAGGGAUUCUAUGCGGAAUAUGUAUGAUCAUAUGAUGGUGCUUUUAGAUUCUCGUGCUAGUCGAAUGACACCUAAUCAGGCUCUUCUUUCUCUCCAUGCAGAUUAUAUUGGUGGGGACAAUGCAAAUUAUAGGAAUUGGUAUUUUGCUGCACAACUUGAUUUAGAUGAUGCUGUUGGAUUUUCUAAUAUGGAUUUUGAGAAAAAUAAGAAAACAAACCAUUCUCAAAAAUUUUCAAAAUCUCAAAAAAAUACAACGGCUAAAGAUAUCCUACAAGCUCUUGAAAGUGAUAAUCCUUUAGAAUCUGCAAUAUAUCGUUGGAAGACUAAAUGUAGUCAAAUGAGUCAAUAUGAUCGAGCUAGAGAAUUGGCACUUUAUUUACUUUGCUGGGGUGAAGCAAAUCAAGUUCGAUUUACUCCAGAGUGCCUUUGUUUCAUUUUUAAAUGUGCUAAUGAUUAUCUCAAUUCUCCACAAUGCCAGGCAAUGGUUGAGCCGGUUCCUGAAGGAUCAUAUCUUAAUGAUAUUAUUACACCUCUUUAUAUAUAUAUGCGUGAUCAAGGAUAUGAAAUCAUCAAUGGGAAGUAUGUUCGUCGUGAGCGUGAUCAUAAUAAGAUUAUUGGUUAUGAUGAUAUUAAUCAAUUAUUUUGGUAUUCAGAAGGUAUUGAACGUAUCGUUCUUUCUGAUAAAACUCGUAUAAUUGAUUUGCCUCCUGAGCAACGGUAUCUUAGACUUAAAGAUGUAGUAUGGAAAAAGGUAUUCUUUAAGACAUAUCGUGAAACUCGAAGCUGGUUUCAUCUAUUUACCAAUUUCAAUAGAAUUUGGAUUAUUCAUAUUACUGUGUAUUGGUUCUAUACUGCUGCAAAUUCACCAACUGUUUAUACACAUAAUUAUCAACAAUCGCUUGAUAACCAGCCGCCUUUUGCUUAUCGUAUGAGUGCGGUUAGUUUUGGUGGGGGUGUUGCUUCACUACUAAUGAUCAUUGCUACUUUGGCUGAAUGGGCAUAUGUUCCUCGAAAAUGGGCAGGUGCUCAGCAUUUAACAAGGCGUCUUUUAUUUCUUAUUUUGUUUCUAAUCAUUAAUGUUGCACCUGGUGUAUAUGUAAUAAAAUUCGCUCCAUGGAAACCGAAGGUCAGUGUUGUUACGACACUUAUAAGUAUUAUACACUUUUUGAUUGCAAUGUUUACAUUUCUUUUUUUUGCAAUCAUGCCUUUAGGAGGCCUGUUUGGGAAUUAUUUAUACAAAAAAACACGUCGUUAUGUUGCAAGUCAAACUUUUACAGCUAAUUUUGCUAAAUUAAAAGGAAAUGAUUUAUGGCUCAGUUAUGGCCUUUGGAUAGCAGUAUUUGCGUGUAAGUUUGCAGAAUCAUACUUUUUUCUGUCUCUUUCUCUGCGAGAUCCUAUUAGAUAUCUUAAUACUAUGACAAUAGGACAUUGUGGCAUUCGAUAUCUUGGUUCUAUUCUUUGCCCAUAUCAGGCAAAAAUUACUCUUGGAAUAAUGUAUAUCACUGAUCUGGUAUUAUUCUUUUUGGAUACAUAUUUAUGGUAUAUUAUUUGGAAUACUAUUUGUUCUGUUGCUAGAUCGUUUUAUCUGGGAGUUUCUAUAUGGACGCCUUGGAGAAACAUAUUUUCGAGGAUGCCAAAGAGAAUUUACUCUAAAAUUUUGGCAACAAAUGAUAUGGAAAUAAAGUAUAAACCCAAAGUCCUUAUUUCACAGGUUUGGAAUGCCAUUGUUAUAUCAAUGUAUCGAGAACAUCUUCUUGCUAUUGAUCAUGUCCAAAAAUUACUAUAUCACCAGGUUCCUUCUGAACAGGAAGGAAAAAGAACAUUAAGAGCACCAACUUUUUUCAUAUCACAAGAAGAUCAUUCUUUCAAAACCGAAUUUUUUCCUUCACAUAGCGAGGCAGAACGUCGUAUUUCCUUUUUUGCUCAAUCACUUUCUACACCAAUUCCAGAACCUCUUCCAGUUGAUAAUAUGCCUACGUUUACUGUUCUUGUUCCCCAUUAUGGUGAAAAGAUUUUAUAUUCUUUGCGAGAAAUUAUACGUGAAGAUGAUCAACUUUCGAGAGUAACACUACUAGAAUAUCUUAAACAAUUGCAUCCUGUAGAAUGGGAUUGCUUUGUCAAGGAUACCAAAAUAUUGGCAGAGGAAACUUCUCUUUAUAAUGGAGGAUCAUCUUUUGAUAAAGAUGAAAAAGACACAGUAAAAAGCAAAAUUGACGAUUUACCUUUUUAUUGUGUUGGAUUCAAAUCAGCAGCACCAGAAUAUACCUUAAGGACACGUAUUUGGGCAUCAUUGCGUUCUCAAACUUUAUACAGAACUGUUUCUGGAUUUAUGAACUAUUCACGAGCUAUUAAGCUUCUUUAUCGUGUUGAAAAUCCUGAUGUUGUUCAAAUGUUUGGUGGAAAUACAGAUAAGUUAGAACAUGAGUUAGAAAGAAUGGCCCGUCGGAAAUUCAAAUUUGUUAUAUCAAUGCAACGAUUUUUUAAAUUCAAUAAAGAGGAGCAAGAGAAUACGGAAUUUCUUCUUCGGGCCUAUCCAGAUCUUCAAAUUGCAUAUUUGGAUGAAGAGCCGCCUUCACAUGAAGGAGAUGAACCAAAAAUAUAUUCAUCUUUAAUAGAUGGAUAUUCGGAGAUUAUGGAAGAUGGUAGACGACGACCAAAGUUUAGAAUUCAAUUAUCUGGUAAUCCUAUUCUUGGUGACGGUAAAAGUGAUAAUCAAAAUCAUGCAAUCAUAUUUUACCGUGGAGAAUAUAUUCAACUUAUCGAUGCUAAUCAAGAUAAUUAUUUGGAAGAAUGUUUGAAAAUUCGUUCAGUUUUAGCAGAAUUUGAAGAAAUGUCCCCACUAGAAGAAUUUCCAUAUAAUCCAAAUGAAAACUCUAAAGUUAACAAUCCAGUAGCUAUUUUAGGUGCUCGAGAGUAUAUUUUUUCUGAAAAUAUAGGUGUUUUAGGUGAUGUGGCAGCUGGUAAAGAACAAACUUUUGGAACAUUAUUUGCCCGUACUUUGGCUCAAAUUGGCGGAAAACUUCAUUAUGGUCACCCUGAUUUUUUAAAUGGACCUUUUAUGACUACUAGAGGAGGCGUUUCAAAAGCUCAGAAAGGCUUGCAUCUUAAUGAAGACAUAUAUGCAGGCAUGACUGCACUACUUAGAGGCGGACGUAUUAAGCAUUGUGAAUACUAUCAGUGUGGAAAAGGUCGCGAUCUUGGAUUUGGAUCUAUUUUAAAUUUUACUACAAAAGUUGGUACAGGAAUGGGAGAGCAAAUGCUUUCCAGAGAAUACUAUUAUCUUGGAACACAACUUCCAUUAGAUAGGUUUUUAUCUUUUUAUUAUGCUCAUCCUGGGUUUCAUAUUAAUAAUCUUUUUAUUAUUCUUUCAGUACAAUUACUUAUGAUUGUCAUGAUAAAUUUGGGAUCAAUGUAUAAUAUUUUACUUAUAUGUAAACCUAGACGUGGGCAACCUAUAACGGAUCCUUUUCUUCCAGUGGGAUGUUAUUCUCUGGCACCUGUGCUUGAUUGGAUAAAACGUAGUAUUAUUUCUAUAUUUAUUGUUUUUUUUAUUGCAUUUAUACCUCUAGUUGUUCAAGAGUUAACUGAAAGAGGUGUAUGGAGGGCCUCUACACGACUUGCUAAACAUUUUGGUUCAUUAUCGCCUUUAUUUGAAGUGUUUGUUUCUCAAAUUUAUGCUAAUUCUUUACUCCAAAAUCUUGCAUUUGGAGGUGCUCGAUAUAUUGGUACUGGUCGUGGAUUUGCAACUACUAGAAUCCCAUUUUCAAUACUUUUUUCAAGGUUUGCUGGUGCAUCUAUAUAUUUGGGUUCACGCACUCUUAUUAUGCUCUUGUUUGCAACAGUUACUAUGUGGAUACCUCAUUUAGUAUACUUCUGGGUUUCAGUGUUAGCACUUUGUAUAUGCCCAUUUAUUUUUAAUCCACACCAGUUUUCAUGGACUGAUUUCUUUGUGGAUUAUAGAGAAUUUAUUCGCUGGUUAUCUCGUGGUAAUUCCAGAUCUCAUGCAAAUUCAUGGAUAGGUUAUUGUCGUUUAUCCAGAACUAGAAUAACAGGAUUCAAACGAAAAGCUCUUGGACAGCCAUCAGAGAAACUUUCAGGUGAUAUUCCUAGGGCAGGAUUUAACAAUGUUUUUUUUAGUGAAGUUAUCGGGCCAUUGAUCUUAGUAAUUUUGUCACUUGUUCCAUUUUGUUUCAUGAAUUCACGGCCUGGAUUUGAACCAUUUGGUAAAUCAAAUCCAGCUCGAAACGGUUCAAAUCCUUUAAUUCGUAUUGCGAUUGUUUCAUUUGCUCCGAUUUGUGUUAAUGCAUUGGUGGCCUUUGUGUUUUUCGGUAUGGCAUGUUGUAUGGGUCCAAUUUUAACUAUAUGUUGUAAAAAAUUUGGAGCAGUUUUAGCAACUAUUUCUCAUGCAAUAGCUGUAAUAGUCUUAGUAGCGUUUUUUGAAGUUUUAUGGUUUUUAGAGGGAUGGUCUUUUUCCAAAACUAUUUUAGGAUUAGUUACUAUGAUUUCUCUUCAACGGGCUUUCUUAAAAAUGUUAACAAUAAUGAUUCUUACUCGUGAAUUUAAACAUGAUGGGUCUAAUUUAGCAUGGUGGACGGGACGAUGGUAUAGUAAUAACUUAGGCGUUCAUGCUAUGUCUCAACCUGCUCGAGAAUUUGUCUGCAAAGUUAUAGAAUUAUCUCUAUUUGCUGCAGAUUUUUGCCUUGGACAUUUGUUAUUGUUUAUCCUCACUCCCAUAUUGGCUAUACCUUAUAUUGAUCGCUGGCAUUCUAUGCUUUUAUUUUGGCUUCGACCUUCUCGACAAAUUCGACCACCUAUAUUUUCAUUAAAGCAGAACAAACUUCGAAAAAGAAUUGUUCGUCGAUAUGCAACCUUAUUCUUUGGUCUUUUUCUACUUUUUCUUAUGAUUAUCCUUGUUCCUGCUGUAGGACAUUCUAAAUUUCCAAAAUCUCUUAACAAUAUACCUGCUCUUAAAAAUUUAGGACUUAUUCAGCCUUCUAAUGAUCCAAGAGGCGCAACCGGUAGGACUACUAGACCGGCAAAUUCUAAUGGAACAUAUAAGAUGUUUACAUAG